UGGCGACCUCCCCCCAACGUUCCGAUGGGCGCCGCGGAGUCGGAGGGCGCGCGCCGGCAGCUAUGCUUAGCCGGAAAGAUGUGCACACGGUGGAGUCACAGUAAAGCUCCCGUGCAGGCCCCUCCCCUGGACUUCUCCUUCCGAGGGAUCAACUUUGUACAAGACCUGCUGACCGAGGAGCCACGCCCAAGCUUGAAACCCAUUAAGCGGACACAGGAAGGGCUCUUGGUGACCCAGGCCAUCCGCCUCAACAACAACACCAUCAACGACCUGACCGAGUUCACGGACAUCAUGAAGCAGCUGCUGGCGCACCCGGAAGACAUCUACUGGAUCGACCUCUCCUUCAACGACCUGCCCUCCAUUGACCCGGUGCUGGCUACCUACUACAACCUGCGCAACCUCAACCUCCACGGGAACAGCAUCCACCAGCUGUCGGACGUCGACAAACUGGCCGUGCUCCCCCACCUGCGCAGCCUCACCCUGCACGGAAACCCCAUAGAAGAGGAGAAGGGCUACAGGAGCUACGUCAUCUCCACCCUGCCCAACCUGAAGUCCUUCGAUUUCAGCGGCGUCACGAAGCUCGACCGCUCCACCGCUGCCGUCUGGCGCCGCAUGAACAUCAAGCCCAAGAAGGUCCGGAAGAGGCCGAGCAACUACUGAGGGCCCGAUCCGAUCCAGCCGCGAGAAGGGGGCCGCUGCCCCCUGCAUCCUAGGUUAAGAAUAGAGCAGUAGAGCAGUUUUGCACGUAAGGAGGCUCACAGGGAUCACAGUGCCAGGCAGGGGCUCGACGCUGGAGGAGGAGGGGAGAGAUCUCUAGACGGCACAGGGGAAACCAGGCAGGUCAUUGGCCACGCAAGGGCAUCCCAGCAUAUGGCAGCCAAACUCCCCCCCUCUCCAACCCGCCCUCCUCGUGUUCCUAAGCCCUCUGGGCAGAAGGUGAAGUGUCAGGGGGUCCCUAGGAGGGGGAGGGCAGAAAAAGCACUGUGCCAAGCCUCUCUUCUGUGCCAUGCUCCUCCCCAAUGGGGUGGAGUCUUAUAGGCCCCGCCCACACACAAUGGAAGGGUUUCUUCUGAGCAGAGCUGAGACUUCCCUGGUUGCUGAUUUUCUCUCACACCCGCCAAAGGGAACUCUGGGCAGGAGCUGCUUCCCCUGUGGAUGGCACCGUCACUGUUGCCUCACCAGGGGGCGCUUUCCAGGAACUCACGCCACCAGGGAGCCCACGCCAACCGGAGCUGCGGAGGAUCGGGCCCUCGCCUGGCUACAGCCGCUCACUCCCAAGACUGCACAAGCUAACAGUGCCCUGUGAUGCGUUUCUCUUUUAAUAUUUGCCAGCCACAUUUUCAAAUAAAGAGCGCUUCGGGA